AAAAAAUCUAAUUAAAGGUUCCACACAUAAUUUGUCUUUUAUGGGACUAGAAGUUCUGUGGUUUGCUGUGCUUUGUUUAAUCUACCCAAAGUUUUAUCAUUAGCAAUCAAGUUGUGCCAUGAAUCUGAAACUGCUUCAUGCUUUGUUCUCUCAGCUAUUUUAGUAUUACAAAGCAGGUUAUACUUUAAACCCUCAGUUAAGUUUAUAGUUUCCCUAAACUUAAAAAGCCCUACAUUAUAUAGUACGAUAGUAGGAAAAAUUUACAUAUAGGAGUUGAUAAUUGAUCAUGUAAUUACUCAGCAGCUUUCUGUGCACACAAAGUUACACAUAUUUAAAGAGGUACCAUCUUAAAACAGAAUCAGCACUUUAUAAAGGACUGGGUAUCAGUUAUGCCUUUAUUCUUAAGGGCUGAGGAUUUGUUUUUCUUUUUGUAGUUUACAUUCCUCUUGUUUUUCCCUGACAAAACAACUUUGCAUAAGUAGAACUAAAAAAGAUGCUUUUUAAUUCAACUUCUUCGUUUAUAAGUAAGCAUUGUAGAUGAUGGGUGCAAAAUACCUCUAGGACUGCUGCCAAAAUUGUAUCCAAACAAAUACUUCUUGGAAGGGCAGAAGAAACCCAGGUGGAAAUAAAUUUGCAAGUGUUUUCUUGCUCUUCUUUCCCAGGAUUUCUCAGAGCUGUAUCCCAUGCUCUGUGUCAUCAGGGGUGUGUGGUUCCCAGGAGCAGGAAAAUGUUGGCCAGACAUUUCCUCCUGGAUCUCAACAGAUAUGAACAAUGACCAUAGUUAACAAGCCAAAAUCUUCAAAGUCUAAAAAAUCUUCCUCAAGACGGUCUGACAAAUCUAUGAAACCCCGUACUAAAAAAAUGACGUCACGCACUGCAAGUUUGGGCCGGGUACCUCCAACAGAAGAUCCAAACAAAGUCUCUGUGGACAAAGGUCCUGGGGGGCAUAUUUAUUGUAGAUCAUCUCAAAAAUCAAAGCCUUUUGCCCAAAGAGAUCUAGUUGUUAACGAUGGCAUUGCUCCGCCACAAAGAAUUCUUUUUCCGCCUGAGAAAAUCUGUAUGGAUUGGCAACAAACACAAAGUGUUGGAGUUGGGCUGCAGAACCUCGGCAACACAUGUUUCCUUAAUUCUACUCUCCAGUGUUUGACCUACACGCCUCCUCUUGCCAAUUACAUGCUUUCACUUGAGCACACCAAGUCAUGUCAUGUAGAAGGAUUCUGUAUGAUGUGCACAAUGGAAAGUCACAUCAACCAGGUCCUGUGUUGCUCCAAUAAUGCCAUCAAACCUACGUCUGUUAUCAAUGGCCUUAAAAGAAUAGGAAAACAUUUCCAUUUUGGCAGUCAAGAGGAUGCACAUGAAUUCUUAUGCUUCACUGUCGAUGCUUUACAGAAAGCUUGCUUGAAUGGAAGCACCAAAUUAGACAGAUCUUCUCAAGCCACCACACUUAUUUAUCAAAUAUUUGGAGGAUAUCUAAGAUCUCGAGUAAAGUGCUUGAACUGCAAAGCAGUGUCAGAUACGUACGAGCCAUUUCUCGACGUUACUCUGGAUAUAAAGGCAGUUACAUCUGUCACCAGAGCUCUAGAACAAUUUGUGAAACCGGAACAGCUGGAUGGUGAAAAUAGCUAUAAGUGUAGCAAGUGCAAAAAGAUGGUUCCAGCAUCAAAGAGAUACACAAUACAUCGCUCUUCCAAUGUUCUCACAAUAUCACUGAAAAGAUUUGCAAAUUUUACAGGUGGAAAGAUCAACAAGGAUGUAAAAUAUCCUGAAUAUUUGGAUCUUCGAGCAUAUAUGUCCCAAUCUAUUGGAGAACCCCUCAUCUAUGCUUUAUAUGCAGUUCUUGUACAUAGUGGCUUCAACUGUAAUGCUGGACACUAUCUCUGCUUCAUUAAGGCUGGUAAUGGACUUUGGUACCGAAUGAAUGAUGCCUCAGUAGAGCUUUCUGAUAUCAAAACAGUUCUCAAUCAGCAAGCUUACGUACUUUUUUAUAUCAGGCGCUACGAUCUGACGCUGGGGGAGCGAGCGUUUUACCUGCCCGCACCCUCCUACCCCCGCUCCUUCCUGGGCCAGCGCGGGGCCAACAGCAAGCAGGCUGCCUUCAUGGGACCACGCCUUCCUCCUCACAUGAUGAAGAGCUCAAAUCGUUUAAAUGGAAAUGGACCCUUAAAAGAAGAUCCCAGUACUGUUGGUGUUGCUGUAAAAAGGCCAUCUUCAGCUCCACCAACAGCUUGUGUUCAAAACUGGGCGAUUUCCAGGCCUUCAAUGGCAGACCCUUCCAAGCCCCAGAAGAUCACCAUCAGUAUUCACAACAAGCUGCCCACACGGCAGGCGCUGCCGCAGGAGUGUCCGAGCAGCGCUGUGGAGGAGGAGGAUCUGAAGCCCCUUCCUUCAGCCACAAUUACAAACUCUUCCACAGCAGAGCCUACCUCAAACCUCUCCACAGUGUCAGUUGCUACUAAUGUCUCCAAGCAGGAGGUUCCUGAUGAAAUCUUUGUUGAGCCAGCAGUGAAUGGAAACCCUAAGCUCUGUUCUGAUAGCAUGGUCCCUUACGGUGCAGAACCUUCAGGAAAAUCCGAGGAGUCCAAGGGCUUGUUCAAAAGGAAUUGCAAUGUCAUAUCUUCCAAUGGAAUUCUGAUUGGGAAGGUGGUCCGUACAUUGCAUAACUCCCAUUCAUCCUGUCAGAAUGCUGAAGAAAGAUCCCAGCAUGAGCUGCCAAAACUUGAUUCCUUAAAUGGUGCUAUUAGUUUAGAUAAUGAAUAUAAAGAAAAUGGACUGAAACUUGAUGAUUCCACUUGCCAAGUCCAACCCAUUAAACCUUCUGAGAUUUUCUUCUCUAAAGCAAAUGGAGUGCUUGAAACGAUGCCUAAAGCUUUGUCACCAGAUCCUCAAGGUAUCUUAGAAUCUCUUACAUACAGCCAGUUGAACAGCUUGUCAGAGGAAAAAAGUGUCUCUGGACCUCAGAAAUCUUCUGACAAUGAUGGAGUUAUGGAAACUGUGGUGAUGGAAGCACUGUUUGCCUAUGAAGAAUCCAGGAAGGUUCCUUCCAACUUUAGCUGUGAGGUUGAGAAACUUUUUACUCAAUCAGAUUCUGAAAACAUUUUUACCAAAGAAGAAGUUGCUGAAAGUAUUAUAACAAAAGCUGAUAAUGCACAUCUCAAUAUCAAUGGUCAGCACAAGGUUAGGAAAAAAUCUUUGGAUACUGAAGGUGAAUUCCUUGGGCAGUGUGAGUCUGAAGACAUCAGAGAUAAAGACAAACUAAGAAGAUCAAAAGAACCUGAACUCAUUUCAAAAGAAAAUCCUUUGUACAUCAAAGGGUCUCCUGAGAGCAAAGAAAAAUUAGGGCAAACUUCCUCUAUAAAGCCUGACAUUGAAUGUAGUUCUAAAAAACUUGCAUCUCUAGAUAUUACAGAUAAAUGCCAAGAUACAAAGGACAUUUCUAAUAACUAUGUAGAGGUACCACCCGUUAAUGACUCUUCUAUUACAAAGCUGGAUAAAGUAUUGGAAAGUCAAUUUUCUAGAGCUGAUGAGGGACUGAGUAAUAAAAUAAGUGAAGAUGAUGAUGAUAAAUAUAUGAAAAAAAAUAAGAAAAAAAUUCAUGACUCUAAAAGAACUGACAAAGAGCACUACCGGAGGAAGAGAGAAAACUCGGACACUGAGGAGAAGGAGAGGCAAAGCAGGAACAAACCAGAUGAUCAUUCCCACAGGAGGAGGAGCUCUCACAGCGUGGAAACAAACAAGCAAAGUCGUCAUAAGCAGGAGUAUUGCAGUGAGAGCAAGUACAGAUCCUCCCACAACGAAAGAAACAGUCCCAGUAAUGGCAGGAGCUCAGGAAAAUAUUCCCGUUACAGAUCCCGGAGCAGAGAAAGGACAGAUCCAGACAGGAACAGAUAUUAUUAUCCCAAAGGAGACAGACCUUGGAUUAGAGAAAGAUACUAUCAAGAUGAACCACGGAGAUGGGAAAAGUGCAGAUACUACAAUGAUUAUUAUUCCUCCCAUGGAACAAGGGAUGGUAGGGAGAGGAAGUCCUCUCAUUGUGAUAAAGACUAUGACAAAUUGAGCCAAGCUUACAGCAGGUCACACAAGGAUUAUCAUUGCAAAAGCAGAUGGGCUCACAGCACACUCUCCCGAGAGGAGGAUGUGCAUCACUUCAGCAGCCACAGAGCAAACUUCCACCAUUGUUCAGUACCUCAGCAGCACUCAGAAAAAUACUCUCGUGAAAGGCAUGCACUUCCACCAGUGUCAGCUCACUCAAAUUUUGAGGACUCUUCCCGGGAAAAUGAAAAACUAAGAAAUGGCAAAAGAAAAUACUCCCACCAAGAAGAAAGUGGAAGUGACAUAGAAAAGAAAUGCCGAAAAACAGAUGACCAAAGAAUCAAAAAGUAUAAGAAGGUCAAGAAGAAAAAGAAGUCCAAAGAUAAACAUCGAGAGAAGGACUACAAACUUUAUGAUUUGGAUUGCUCUGUGCUCCACUUUGACAAUGACAAUCGCAAACAUAAGAAAAAGAAGAAAAAGAAGAAGCACGAAAGGAAACUGAAUGACUUAUUAGAAUAUUUAGAUCCUCGUUUCCAGAAGAAAACAUGGGAGAAGAAGGAAGAGUCCCGUCCUCCAGAUGACCAUUUAUGUGAGCAAUACAGAAACCAGGGCACUAAACAACCCUACAAGGAAGAGAAGCCUUCUGGUACAGGUGACAGCAAGAAAUACAGCUCCAUGGCAUCCACUGAGUAUGUCAGAGUUGUGGAGCUGACUGAAGAAAGCCUUCAAUACUCAGACUGAACCCACCACCAACCCCAAGGACUUCUGACCACCAACCCCAACAACCCUUCACCUUCAAAACCAACAACUUCUCAUCAUCAAAACCAACGACUUCUUACCUUCAAACCUGACAUUACCGAUAGUGACCAUCAAAACUUAAAAUUUAUUAUCAAUUACCAUCAAGACAAAAUCCAGUCAUAAGUGGUGCUUAACAUUUCUGUACAGAAUUUUACCAUAUAAGAACUUUUUUUUAGUUUUUAACUUGAGACUUUCUUUUUUAAAAUAUACUUCUAAUCCAAAAGGGUGAAAACUUUUUACAACUGCUGAACAUUGUAAAUUACCACAUGAAUAUCUCACUGAGCUGAGAUAAUGCCCUGGAAUAGACCAUCUCAAAUGCUGCUUAAUUACAGACUCAGGUUGACUUUAUGUUAUUCAUGUAAUGUUACUCCAAGUUAAGACAUCUGGUGCAAGAGCGACCAGGAAUUAUAAAAGUUGCAACUGACAGUCUGUAUAUUUAAUUUAAAGACUUAUUUAAAACUUCACGAGUUUUGCAAGAGCUUCAUUUUUUUUUUCUGUGGUCUGACACUAGAAACUAAUUUACUUCACAUUUGAGUUAUAUUCAAGAUCUGAAGAAAAUCUUCUGGUUUUCAGCAUUGUGAAACAACGAAUAUGCAGUUCUGAAUGUAUCUCUCAAGACUAUUUGUAUAUUGUUCUAUAUGUUUUUAUUACAUUUUCUUAAUAUACUGUCAUUUGUCUUAAGUCUCAGUUGUCCGUUUUGUCUCUCUAAAGUGUCUAGUUACAGACAAAUUCAUACUGUGAUUUUUAUUUUUAUUAUUAAAUGCUAUCAAACUGUGAUGCACUUAUUAUUCACUGGUCCUGCAUCAGGAGAUGAGUGGGGAACCUGUAUUAAAUACAGUUCAUCUGAAUAAUCUGUCUGGUUUAUACAAGCUGUGUUGUUCAGAGAUGUCUAAAGUUUGAUCUUUGUUUUUUUAAAGAUAAAAAGCACUUGCCCCACUGUAAAUAUAUAGCAUGUAAAAUUUAUAUAGUAUAUAAAUACAGCAAAGUUAAAAUGGAUUUUUACUUGAGUUUUACUUGAGUUAUUUAACGUGCACUGUGAGUUGGGAGCUGACAGCUGUCAGAGUGUGUUUGACACUUGAGGAGUCACAUCUUCCUCUCAGUGCAGGGGAGAAGAUGCUGUUGUGUGAGCAGAGAAGAUCAGGAACCUGGGACUGCAGCUGCCUAGCCAAGGAUGCAGAAGGCUUCUCCUUUGAACUUAAAGCUUUCAUAGCCAGGUACCCAGCUGGGAGCUUGGUACUGUGUGUGACAAAAAAAAAAAAAAAAAAAAAAGUAAAAAAGAGCAAGGUUAAUGUCUCACGCACUAAAUACUUAAAAAUAUUUUGGUACAUGGAGAACACCAUUAAGCCAAACCAUAAUGUACCUGCAUAAUGUUCCUAUGGCAACAGUUAUGUGAUGUUACAUAAAGUAACAUGGCAAAGUAACCAACAUUCCUGUCCUGUAUCUGGCUUUUUUUUCUUUUCCUCUUUUGUCCUCUGGCUCCGAGAUUUGGUGUCUUGUCCUUUGUCUGAUGAGUAACUCCUGCACAAAUGUCUAAAAGGAGUUUGUGUUGUUGCUGUGCCUCCCUUCAGAGCCCCACAGGCACCAACUGCCCCCAGUGUGGCUCUGGAGCAGGGAGGGCACUCAGUGACACUGCCCCAGAGCUGGGGAGCAGCAGCACCUGCUUCUAAUUGCUAAUUGAGGAAACUAAUUAAUGCUCCAGGAGCAGAGAUCCGCUUCCCCCCUACAUCUGACUGAAACUCCUGGCAGGGAACGGAUAAAAUACCUCAAUUUAGGGUGGCUCUCAAGGGAAACCAGCUUUUACUGGAGCCACACUCACGUGGUAACACACUUCACUGAAACAUUUUGCAGUUGAAGGGUUUUUUUCUCUGAAAAAUUAAACCUGGUAAUUUAAAUUACUGUGCCUAAAGGUAGGGAAAAGAGGCCUUUUACUUGCAAGAGCAGUUGUAAAAUUAAACCUUAACCUCUUAAGAGUCAGCAAUUGCCUCCCAUGUAUUCCUGGUAAAGGAGGAGGCAGUACAGUUUCACACUUUAUUUUGAGAAAAUUGACAGGUUUAAGCAACACAUCUUAAUGAUAAAUGAAAACAUUAAUAUUGCAGUGGCUUUACAUAAGAACAUCACCGUUAUAACAAUGAUUGAUACAGAAUAUUUGUCAUGCAAAUCACUUGUAUACACCAAGUAAUACUCAUAUCAAUACAUACCUGUACAGUAUUUACAUUUUAUAUUUAAACUCUAGCUAGAAACAUUUUCCAAGAAAAUAUAGAAAUGAAACUGGUAAGCCACAAGUCUUAAUUUGUAGUAUCUGGUCUACAACAGACCUAGCUUUUCCAGCAAGCAUAUCUACAUAGAUAUGUAAUAAAUCUUAAAAAUAUGCAGUUUUUUUAUAUAUGAAGCAUUAUAAAUGCUGCUCACUUUAUAAAGGUUCUGUUUUGUACCAGUUUAAAAUGGUUCAAAAUGCUAAGUGACGCAGAGCUUAUUUUGUCAGAAUAUUGUAAAAUUUAAGUCAGUCCAGCUGAGCUUAUUAAGUUUUGUGUACAGUUCCCUCCCAGCUGCACUGGCACCACAGCUCUCACUGCUCCUGCAGCUUUAGAGGGCAGGGUCAAAAGCAAAGAGCUCAAGAAUUACUCAACUUUCAGUGCCACAGGAAGGGAGAACCUGUUGUCCCCAGAGGACUUUUCCUCAGCAUGGCCAAACUGUAACAGAUCCUGCUUUAGGCCACUGAGCAGCCACUUUCAGUAGCCACUCCUGGACUUGAAGCCCAAUAAAAAAGGGAAAGGUUGAGAGAUUUUUCUUCACCCUCGUGGAUAGUACCUGAUAUGGCCAAAAUUUUCACAAGCCACUUUGUUUUACUGGCCUCGUGGCCAGUGGAAAUUUUGGGCCAGUUUCACUCCCUGUUAAUACUGUUACAAAGAACAUUUGAAAUCAAAUAUUACUACACACAAAAACGCUAUUCCAUUAGCUUUGGUAAAUUAAAUAGAUACACUGAGCACCACAAGUAGCUGUUUAAGAUGUUGCAUUUCAAUGCUAAGAAAUAAUAUAUUUCCUGCUAUAAUAUCCUCAGUUACAUGUUACUCUAAAUAAUUAUUUCUGCUGGAUAUAAGAACUUCAAACUAAAUACAGCAAAUUAACUGUCAAGGCCUUUCCUUCAUGCUUAUAGGCAGACAUCCUCACCUGGUUAAAUAAAUAGAUUUCCUCAAAGGUGGCAUUUCAAAAAAUAAGAAUUGAUACAAACGUGCUUCAUGGCUUAUUAAUGCUUUUGUAAUCUCACAUUCCUCCAGAAAUACUGCAUUUGCUGCCUUUCACCUUUAUGCUCACUAGUACCACUGAUUUGGCUGUCACUAUUUGCAUUACAAAUCUACUUGUCCAAAACAAAAUGUCACUGCAGAACUGAAGACUCAAAGUAAGUGCUGGCAGCAGCUCCAUCAUUGUGCUGCUUUGCAAACACAGGACACACAACUUAAUUCAUUUCUAUAAAGAGUUUAAAUGUGUUCCAUUAAGAAAAGAUAUCCCCACACUGACACUUAUUCAAGGAUUCUACCUCCUCUGGCUGAGUUUUACUCCUUUGGAAGCACUAAGAUUUAAACAUUCACCCAAGCAAUUCCACACACCCUGGGGAAAAUCUAAAAUGCAGGAAGGCUUACUUUGUUCUUUUCCUCUCAGCCUCUUUUGCAAACAUGCAAUAAAGCAAAACACUCACAAGGCUGACACCCCAUGCAAAACAAGGCAAAUCAGUAAGACAGAACAGUGAAACAGACUCUCCCUUACAGUUCAAAGGAGAUUUCAAACAGAUCAGCUUGGUAAGUCUGUGGGUUUGCCAGUGCAGCACAUCUCCCUGCAACAGACCCAGAGGUGCUCCCAUAACCAACAAGCAAAGCUGCUUUAACAUUUUGGGUCUCCAACACAUUCACUGGCAUAGUAGGCAGGGAUCAGGUUCAACAAGUUUGGGAAAAA